AGAAAGCCCUCCCUCAUGUGGGCGAGGUUAAUUUAAUGGAGCAUAUUGCUCUACGGUCACACGCCAACAUUUACAGCGUUUUCCAGUCGUCUUUGCUGCAAGAUUCCCUCCUAAAGCUGUCCUCUACAACUCACCAGUGAAAAGCAGUUUCACAAGUGAUGGCUGGACAGGCUAAUGUUGUGUUUAUACUUACACUGCUAAUAGUAUCAGUAUCUUCACAGAUUUCAACUCUUUAUGAUGUCAUUAAUUCUUCUCCUUUUAAUGAAUCUAAUCUCACUACAACUGAUCCUAACUCAAACUGUGCCGCUAUGAAUCUGAAGAAUUGUUUUGGUAAUACUUCUAAACUAACUGAUAGAGACUUUGGUCCAAUGGAUUCAUUCAAUGGUCAAUUAGGAAGAUUCUUUGCUUUUAAUCAAAAUGACAGUAGACUGACCUUUACUGCGUUCUCUGCUGUAUCAACAGUAGUACUGUAUUUCUUUAAUUCUCCUGCUGACGGUAUUGGACUGCCUCAGCUAGAGGUUAUUUUGUCUGGCAAUAAAACUAUUCCUUAUUUCUUCUCUAAUAAUGAUGAACUAACACUAACUGACUCUCAACUGAGAACUGUCACAUUACAACUCAAUCAAAGUUUAUCAACAUUUCAGAUUGAUUUCAUAUUUCCAGUCAACAGUAAAAUCAAUUGGUUUUUAGUCAGUGAAGUUCAGUUCUUUAAUGAUACUCUUGUACCUGCUCCAAUGGAAGAUAUUGUAUUUAAGGAUGGUAGUAUCAGUGUAGUGACAUUAGGACCAGAUAACAUUCAGUCUUCAAUCAGUAUCAACUGUACUGUACUCAAUAAUGGAUCAUUUCACUGGAACUGGCUAGUCAAUAAUACUAUACCUAUAACUGAUGAAUUAUUCAUUGAAGAUGCUACCAGAACUAGUAUACUAUACAUUAAUGGACUCUCUUACUCUAAUGAAGGAAACUACACUUGUACUGCUAACAGUACUGUUGGGAGUAUGGCAUCAAAAAUUAUUGAGCUAAAAAUAGUUUCACCAGUUACUAGCAGUAUAAUGCCCACCAGUACCAGUACUAGUACCACACAGGGGCCCACUAUGAUUAUAGAGACACCCAUUUCUUCGACCAGCCAAUCUAUUCAAUCUACAUCUACAGAAACCCAAUCAGUUACACCAGCUCCUACUGGUAAUACCUCUCCAUCAUCUAACACUGGACUGGUCAUUGGUCUAGCAGUUACCAUAGUACUGAUUGUUCUACUAGUAAUAGCAGUGAUAGUCUGUAUCAUCAUUGUCAUAUACUGUAAACGUAAGCAAAAACCUUUCAUUAAAGACGCUCCUCUAAGAACCAGUAUCAAGUAUAAUGUUACUGAUCUCGGUCAGUCCAAAGAGGAGGAGGCUGGCAUGGAGCAAUACGCUGUGGUUCAUAAAGAACAACCUCCUCCAAUACCUCCUCAGAACUUCAGUGCAGUUGAGUAUGAUGUCAUUGAAUUAAAAGAAACUAAUAAACCUAAACUAGCUCAGAUAUCAACAUUCGCUGGUUUCCAAAUGAUCGACAAUGCUUUGUAUGAUAAGUCCCCUACAGUCAUCACUGGUCAUUAUUCUUAUGCUGGAGAUUGUGAAGGCGACAUUUAUUCUGAGCCACAAUGGAAGAGUGAGAAAGAUGAGCUAAACGUCAAUAAUCCUAUUUAUUAUGGUAAGACCGAUCCUUUUAAAUUCACAGAGUCAGCAGAUUACAUUGACGGAGCCAUUUAUGCAGAGCCAAGCAAAGUAUUGAACACAAUAACUGAAGUCACAAUUGAUAAUCUCAAUGUCAUUGAAAUGCUUGGGGUUGGUAAUUUCGGUGAAGUCAUUCUUGCGACUACCAUCGAUCUAAGUCUUAAGGAUUUACGCCUCAGCUCUACCAAUGAUGACAGAUCCAUUUCUAUUAAAGUUGCUGUCAAAAAGGUCAGAGAAGAUCAGGACAAAAUGGCUCUGGAGGCGUUUCAGAAAGAAGUAAAGUUCAUGUCCCAGCUGGAUCAUGAUAAUGUGGUCCGCCUUUUAGCAGUUAGUGCUGAAAGUUGCCAAGAGCAGUUCAUAGUGAUGGAGUAUAUGGAGAAUGGUGACUUGAAUCAGCACCUGCUCAACCACACCUUCACUGAGUCCCAUCCUCCUCCUGAGUCAUACCUCAGUCCUAAUAUCCUCCUCUCCAUGUGUAUCCAGAUUGCUAAUGGAAUGUCCUAUCUUGCCUCAUGUAAUUAUAUUCAUAGAGAUCUUGCAACUCGUAAUAUUCUCGUCGGUAGAGAUAACGUCGUUAAAGUUGGUGAUUUUGGUCUCAGUCGUAAUCUCUAUGAUUCAGUUUAUUACAAGGUUUCUGGUAAAGCUAAGAUGCCGAUACGAUGGAUGUCAACCGAAUGCUUUUACGGGAAGUUCUCAGAGAAGUCUGAUGUGUGGGCGUACGGUAUAAUGGUAUGGGAGGUCUAUAACAUGUCCCGUGAUGUUCCUUACCAUCAACUGACGGAUGCUGAAGUGCUUGAUGAUGCUCUUAAAGGUCAGUACCGGGUCCUUCCCACUCGACCUACAACGUGUCCUCAAGCAGUUUACAAUAUCAUUAAGAAGUUGUGCUGGGAGUAUCAGACUGAAGAGAGGGGAGGAUUCGCUGAUAUAUACAGCUCUUUGGUUAACGUAGAAAAGACUCUGUAUUCCAGUUAGAUAA